CCAUGAUACGGCUUAUGUGGUAUUAUUUGCUAGCUGUAAGGAAAGCUUCGUUUUUUCUUCUCAGUUUAAUUGUAACAUUUAAUUCCACUUAUCCCCACUGAUUUAUUUGAUAUUUCAAAUCAUUUGCUUCGGUUUCUAUUUCAUCCACAUCUCUAUAUAAACCCCCUAAGUGCUUCAUUAGCUUCAUCAUCAUCUCAGCUUCAUUUCAUGGCCUCAAUGUUGAAGUACUCAAAUGCAGCUCUUUUGCCGCUGUAUGUGGUUUGUUUCUUGAUCCCUGCAGCGUUGGCUCGACCUGCAACGUAUCUGCAGGACUUCCGCACUACCUGGGGCGAUACUCAUAUCAGGCAGCUCGACGGGGGCAGGGCCAUUCAGCUAGUUCUAGACCAGAAUUCUGGGUGUGGAUUUGCUUCCAAGUAUCAGUACUUGUUCGGAAAAGUUAGCAUGAAGAUCAAACUCAUCCCCGGUGAUUCUGCAGGGACAGUUACUGCCUUUUAUAUGAAUUCCGACACUGACACAAUACGCGAUGAGCUCGACUUUGAGUUUUUAGGGAACCGGACUGGACAGCCUUACACAGUCCAAACCAAUGUGUACGCUCAUGGAAAAGGUGACAGAGAACAGAGGGUUAACCUUUGGUUUGACCCUGCUGCAGCAUUUCACACUUACUCUAUUUUGUGGAACCACAAUAUGGUUGUGUUUUAUGUGGAUGACGUACCCAUCAGAGUGUACAAGAACAAUGAAGCAAGAGGAAUUCCGUUCCCAAAGUCUCAACCGAUGGGAGUUUACUCAACAUUGUGGGAAGCUGAUGAUUGGGCAACCAGAGGAGGAAUAGAGAAGAUAGACUGGAGCAAAGCUCCAUUUCUUUCAUACUACAAGGACUUCGACAUUGAAGGAUGCCCUGUGCCAGGACCAGCUGCUUGUGCCUCUAACGUCCGUAACUGGUGGGAAGGUGCAGCUUACAAACAACUCAGCCCUAUCGAAGCUAGGCGAUACAGGUGGGUUCGAAUGAAUCACAUGACCUACGACUACUGCACCGACAAGUCCCGCUACCCCAAUACGCCCCCUGAGUGUCUUGCAGGCAUCUAAUCAUCCCAAUCCACAUAUUGAAUACACGUACAUGUAUAUGUGUACAUUUGAAUUUGUAUGUUCGUCCCUUCUAGUGUUUUACUAUAAGGCCCUACAGAUAUACUCCUUUUGUAUGUUAAACUUGCGAGACAUGCAUAUAGAAAGGGUAUAGAGGGAAUAAGAAUAUUUGCUUUCUUGUGCUCAUGCAUGUAAAAGGUUAUUGAUGUUUGUGUGGCUCUCUCAAGGUCAAUGUGAUGUUAACUGUGUCUCUGGCAUCGAGCCUGAAAACAAAAAUGCUAUUUGCUUUAUUAUGAAACUGAUGUAUAUCAAUAUCAACUUAAGUACAAACUGUUACCAGUUGUUGUUUUCUAUUUAAA